GUGGCUGCUGGGAACUCUGCAGGUGUCAGGUAUCAGGUGUGCUCGACCUGCUCCGCUCCUUCACCUGUUUCCUGCCGCCGAACGACCGAAACUCCGACUCACACCGGGACGAACAGCUCACAGAAGUGAGGCUCCGCUCCGGUUCACCGGGAGACACCUGCUGCCGCCGGUAACCUGCUGCCGCCGGUAACCUGCUGCCGCCGGUAACCUGCUGCUCACCUGUUCUCUCCUCUCACCUGCCGCUGCAAUGACCGCGGGAAGCUCCGGACGUUAGAGUUCUGCGGACCACGAAGCGGAACCAGCCUCUGAUGGAUUUACUGGACUCAGGACAGAAGUUCAGUCCCACUCAGGACCCUGAAUGGGACACGACGCUGCAGUUCCUCCCAGCGUCGGACACCCGGCAGCUGGAGAAGAAGCCGGGCUUCAGGAGGAAGCUGUGGAUGGGAGUCGGGCUGCUGCUGGCGGCAGCCGCUCUGGCUCUGCUGACUGGACUGCUGGUUUGGCAUUUCCACGUGCGUAACGACGUCAGAGUGAAGCGCGUCUACAUCGGAUCGAUGGAAAUCAGCAGCCAGCCCUUCCUGCUGGCCUACGAAGAUCCCAGCAGCAAACAGUUCAGUGACCUGGCAGCCCUGGUCCAACAGCAGCUGAAGCUGAUUUACUCCAGAAACUCGGUUCUUGACAAAUACUUCAGAGACUCCACAGUUCAGGCCUUCAGUGAGGGAGAUGGUGGUGGUGACAGCGUCGUUGUGUACUACGAGUCAGAGUUCGAUGUUCCUGUCCCUCAGCAGGACUCGUUGGACGAAGCCAUCGGGUCUCUGGAGCCGCCGGCAGAAAUUCAGCCAAGCCGACAUGGACGAAUCCUGCUGAAGCCCACAGAAGCUCUGGACGUCAACAGCGUCAUCUCACGAGUGAUCGAUCCUCGCAUGAUCAGAACCUCAUUAUUUGUGAAGAAGUCCUUCGACAUCCACGUCCAUGAAGAAGCCUUCGUCCAGUCGCCCGGCUUCCCCGACUCUUCAUACCCUCCCAACAUCUACCUGCAGUGGAGGCUUCGGGCCGAUCCGGGCCAUCGAGUCUGGCUCAAAUUCCACACUCUGAUCCUGGAGGACGACUGUCAGCAAGACUUCAUCAAAAUCUACGACUCGCUGGUUCCCAUCGAGCAGCGAGUGCUGACAGAACAGUGUGGAUAUCCUCACAACUCUCUGUCCUUCUUGUCGUCUGGAAACGUCAUGUUGCUGACAUUGGUCACCAGCGAGGACAAGAACUUCCCUGGUUUCAGAGCCUUCUACUCCCAGAUCCCCUCAACUGAACUCAAGUGUGGAGGUAAAAUGACUGCAGAUGAAGGUUCCUUCUCUUCACCGUUCUUUCCCUCCAACUAUCCUCCACGAACCUCAUGUGUCUGGACCAUCGAGGCCUCGAAGUACAAGUUUGUGAAGGUUCAGUUCAACAAGUUCUCUAUGGGAAACCAGAGUAGCCAGUGUCCCAAUGAUUACGUGGACGUCAACGGUCAAAGAUUGUGUGGCAGAAAGUCAGAAAGCACCGUGAUCACCAGCAGGAGCAACAAGAUGACCAUCAAGUUUAACUCGGACUCGUCCUACGUCAACCAGGGUUUCAGUGCCGUGUAUGAAGCAUUUGUCCCAACCAACCCUUGUCCGGGAAGGUUUCAGUGUGGCAACAAUCUUUGCAUCAACAAGACUCUGCAGUGUGACGGCUGGAGCGACUGUGGGGACGACAGCGAUGAGGUCAACUGUAAGUGUGAGGCAUCGCAGAUGAAGUGUAAAAAUGGUCGCUGUAAGCCGAAGUUGUGGGAAUGUGAUGGGAAUGACGACUGCGGGGACAACUCCGAUGAAGAAAACUGUGUAAAAUGCAGAAAAGGACAGUUUUCCUGCAGAACUGGGCUCUGUAUCUCGGAAAAGCAGGUGUGUAAUGGAAAAGACGACUGCGGUGACGGAUCUGACGAAUCCAAAUGUGAAAAAUCUCUGGUGCUGCAGCGGUGCUCAGAGUUUACCUUCCGCUGCACCGACGGACGCUGCAUCAGCAAACUGAACCCAGAGUGUGAUGGAGAGCGAGACUGUGAGGAUGGAUCUGACGAGGCUGACUGUCAGUGUGGGAUGAGGCCUUACCGGAGCUCUCGUAUCGUGGGCGGUGAGGUUUCUCGGGAGGGCGAGUGGCCCUGGCAGGUCAGCCUCCAAAUCAGGGGGACGGGACACGUAUGUGGGGCUUCAGUUCUGAGCCGCCGCUGGCUGCUGACCGCCGCCCACUGUGUCCAGGACAACGGACCCAACAAGUACUCCCAGGCCGACCGAUGGGAGGCGCUGUUGGGGCUUCACGUGCAGAGUCAGACCAAUGAGUGGACGGUGAGGAGGAACGUGAGGCGGAUCAUCGCCCACCGUGACUACAACACCGUCACCUACGACAACGACAUCGCCCUGAUGGAGCUGGACGCCGAUGUCACCCUCAACCAGAACAUCUUCCCCAUCUGCCUGCCGUCCGCCUCCUACCAGGUUCCUGCCGGCCACGAGGCUUGGAUCACCGGCUGGGGCGUCACCAGGGAGGGAGGCGUGACGGCGACCAUCCUGCAGAAGGCAAUGGUUCGGGUCAUCAACAGCACCGUUUGUAAGAGUCUGAUGAACGACGAAGUGACCGACAACAUGAUGUGUGCUGGAGUCCUGAAGGGAGGAACCGACGCCUGCCAGGGCGACUCCGGCGGUCCGCUGUCUAUCACCGGCGCUGGUGGACGGGUGGUCCUGGCCGGCGUGGUCAGCUGGGGCGAAGGCUGCGGACUCAGGAACAAACCCGGCAUCUACACCCGAGUCACCAAAUACCGCCACUGGAUCAAGGACAACAGCGGAGUUUAGCUCCUCCAGGUUCACUCUGUAAUGGAGGUGUAGCUCAUAAUUAUCAUUAAUAUUCACAGCAGAAUCUGUCAGUUUGACAUUUUUACCUUUAAAAGUCAUUUUUGUUUCCUGACACAAAGAGAAACAACUCCAUUAACCGACACACACUUCAGAAUAUGGCGCCAUCUAUAGGUCAUUCCAGAACUGGAGGACAUUCGAAAAAUCAAGCUUCUCUUUUCCAGUUUUCUGCUCCAUAUUGAUCAAUAAUAGGUAGUGAUUGGCUCAUUUUUCUUCCAUGUUUUGUGUGCUGUUUGCUGACUCUACUCUAAUCCAUGCUAAUGUGAUCUUUUUCUCAGCAGUAGAAGCUAGAUAUUUAGCUGCUGUUACUGCUGACCAAGAGGACAAACUGACUGAUGGAAAACAGUCCAAAGAAUUAGUCUGAUCCUGAUAAUAUGAGCUGGAAGGAAACAUUCAAUCAAGGCUGACGAUGGGAUGGAAAGAUGGAAAAUAGAAGAGAGGACAUAGCUUUGCUCUACACAUUCUAUAGGAACACUGUUGGAUGAUGGAAACUACAAAAACAAGACACAAAACGACAAAAACGAGACACAAAACGACAAAAACGAGACAUAAAAUGACAAAAACGAGACAAAAAACGAGACACUGAACAACAAAAACGUCAUCAACAGGUUCUGCUAACAUGUUGUGGGAAAUGUUCCAUGAAUAAUAAUUUGUAUUUAAAAUAUUCUGUUGAUUAAAACAUGUUCCCACAAUUACAGAAACAUGAAUGAAAAAAUAAAACCAGAAAAAGUAAAUUUAAAUUAGAUUCUAACUGUUUUAUUAGAGAUCCAGCUUGGUCAUCAGGGGGGUGGACAAGAAAAAAAUGGUAUUUUAGGGGAACUCCAGACUUAUUUGGGAUUUAAAAUAUUUUCAAAUGUUCUUUUCUCCUAGUUUUUAUAGAUUUAGGAUUUUCUACGUUGAUUAUUGGAUGUAAAACGCCCUCUAGUUCUGGAACGAUCCACAUGUUGACGUAUAUUCAUUAAAAAACUACAUUGUUUGAUAUUUUAACAUUGAAUCUGUUGUCUUAAACGGUUCUAAGUUGUGAUCUUUAGGAAACCGUGUUAAUAAUAGUGUUGGAAGCAGGGAUGUCUUCAGGAUAACUAAUUAAGAAUUCUUUUGUAGGACUUUGUGAUGAUGUUUCAUCUUCAAGCUUGUAAAUGUUAAACAUAUUCUCAGGGGUGAAAAGAAGAAUUCUUUAGUUUCUCCAUAGCUGUAGUAAGCUUAAACAGGAUAAACGGGUUGAGGUGAAGUCAGAGGAUUAUUUCAGGGCUUCAGUGUCGCUUCUUAUCAGCUACUUAGAUAAACACGUUUAGAUGAACAGUUUCAAAAUAAAAGCUAUGAGAUUCAACUUACUGAUCAGGAACCAUCUUUAUGUUCCAAGCAUGCAGGAAACACUGCAAUGUUUAAAUGAAAACUAAAAACGUUUGAGAAAAUUUCAAAAUAAUCAUAAAAUUGAGUCUUUCAAGAGAACCAUCCAAAAAAGUAGUUAAAUGUUUUGUUUUUUUUACAUCUAAUGUCCCAAACUAAAGAUAUUUUACUCUUUAUUGUUAAAUUAUGAUAAACUUUAGAAGAAUUAAAUUGCAUUUCUGUGUUUCUGGGCUCAAACAAAGCAGCAGAUUGUGUUCAAAAAUAAACUGGAGCUUUAGAAGUCAUGAGCCGGCUGACAGUAAACUGGCGGCUAUUUGGCGUUACUAUGAAGAUGCUUUGGGACGAGCUUUCAGAACAACCAAUCAAUCAAGCUAACUCAGUUCUCCGUGUAUGAAGAACAGGAUCCAGAGGUGUGAUCUGGAAGAAAGAAUGUCUAAACUCCUCAGAAGUGUCCAAAAAAACUGUCAAGUUUCACCAAACUUUACUUCAGGAGUUCCUCAGGGAACUGGACUGGGUCCUCAGGAGGUUCUUUAAAUCUGAGGGUUCCUGCUGCUGCGUUACCGUGUAGUUAAUAGAACAUAGAACCCUGAAUGUUUACUGGCUGCUCUCAGAGGGUGUCUUUACAGUAACACACAGACAGGGGGCGCCUCUCCUCCAGAACCGACAGCACAAAACAGUAAAAUUAUCUUUAUAACCACUUUAAUUAAUAAUAACUUAAUAGCAGGUGUUAGCUGAUAAUCAGUAGUUGGUAACGAUCGGUUUAGGAAUCAAAAUAAAUCAUUUAGGCUCCAUGUUUAGUUUUUUCCACUCAUACUGAGAUGUUUUUCUCUCUGUUUGAGUGACUCCACCUUAAAGCAGCUGCUUCUGUUACAGUUCUGUUCUUUUUAUUCAUGUUUUGCGUCUUUGUGGUGACGAAUGUUCUACUGGUUGUAUUUAUAUGUACAUUGUUUCCUCAUUUAUGUAGCUGCUGGGUUUUAUCUGUAGUUUAAUGUGGGCUGCAGCAGGAUUCUGGGUAAUUUAUCAGAUAUCAUAAUGUCAAAUGAAGAAUGAAGUAUUGGUUCAGAUUAAAUUGGGUCGAGGCUCGUAGGCCUGAGAGGUUCUACUUUAGUUUCUUUUAAGGUUAAUUUAAAGUCAUUUUGAGAACUUGUUUUUUGCUCUGGGUGAAACAGGCUAAUGCUAAAGUGGCUAAUAUCUUAUAUGAAGGCUUAUUAAUGCAGUACUCACUAUGCAGAUGAUUAUUUUUAUUGCUGUUUAGUGUUUUCUUCGUGGGACCAACUUUGGGGUCAAAUUUCAUGCAAUAAAAAAGCAGCGAUACAAACAUUCA